AACAUUCAUAAUAAGGAGCUACGAAGAAGAACACACAUGUGCAGUUACAAUAAGAUUUGGAGAUCAACGACAAGCUACAUCAAAGUUGAUAGCAGACUUUGUAAAACCAAAAUUCUUGAACCUGAAAACAAAGUGCAGCCCUGCAGACAUAAAGACAGAAAUGAAAGACAAAUACGGAAUAAAGAUGAAUUACAUGAAAGCAUGGCGUAGUAAAGAGCGAGCACAAACCCAGCUACAUGGAAAUGCUAAAGAGUCGUACAAUCUCUUGCCAAGAUACCUGUACAUGCUACAGAAAACAAAUCCAGGUAAAAAAAAAUUUAAAAAUUUUACUUUGAAAAUAUUUGUGAAAAAACAGUUGUUUUUGAGUUGUUAUUUCGUUGAGUACAUGUUGUUUGAAAAAAUCCUGUUUGAUUAAAAUUCAGGAACAUUAAUAGACAUAGAGAAAGAUGAUGAUGACAGUUUCAAAUAUGCAUUUGUUGCAUUGAAUGCUGCUAUAAAAGGUUGGCCAAACUGCAAACCAAUCAUCGUGGUAGACGGUACAUUCCUAAAGGCCGCGUAUGGAGGCACGUUGCUCACUGCCAACACACAAGAUGCAGAAUCUAAAAUUUUUCCACUAGCAUACUGCAUAGUUGAUUCUGAGAACGAUAAAUCGUGGGAGUGGUUCUUAAAAAAAUAAGAGAAGCAUUCGGGGUUCGAGAAUGUCAAUGCCUAAUAUCAGACAGACAUGAAAGCAUCAUCAAAGCAACUAGGAAAGUGUUCCCUGAAAUAACACAUGGCUACUGCAUCUUCCACCUCUUGUCGAACCUCAAAACAAAAUUCAAGAAAAAUGCAAAGCAUUUCAGAGUGCCAUUCUUUGCAGCUGCAAAAGCUUACACAGAAAUGGAGUUUGAAUUCCAUAUGAGGGAGCUAGACAACUUGGAUAAGCGCAUAAGACCGUACCUGGAGAAAAUUGGCCAUGAAAAAUGGUCAAGGUAUCAUUCAGAAAACAACAGGUACUCUACCAUGACAUCAAACAUAGCUGAGGCACUGAACUCAGCAAAUUUAGCAGCAAGGGAAACACCAGUGACAACAUUAAUGGAGUGCUUGAGGGCACAAAUGCAAGAGUGGACAUACAAUAAUAGAAAGGAGGCACAAAAAUGCACAACAAGGCUGACACCAUCAUCUGAGAAAAAACUCAUAGGGAACUAUGUACAGUCAUUGCGACUAACAGUGAAACCAGCAAACCAGAACCUGUUUGAGGUGAUAGAUGAAGACAGAACAAGAAUAGUAAACUUGAAGGAGAAGACGUGCACAUGCAAUAGAUUUCAAAAAGAUGAAAUGCCAUGUAACCAUGCAGUCGCCGUCAUGAAGGACUUGAACAUAAACACAUACAACUACUGUGCACAAUACUACACAUCAAAAGCAUGGCUGCAAACAUAUGAAGAAACAGUAUACCCAGUUGGAAACGUAAGAGAAUGGGAACUUCCAGAUUUUUUUGAAGAAAUCAUAGUGUUGCCUCCAAAGGAGAGAAUCAAGUCUGGAAGGCCGAGGAAAAGAAGAAUGGCAGCAGCUUGGGAAACAAAGAAACAAAACAAGUGUGGCAAGUGUGGACAAAAGGGACAUAACAAAAAGACCUGCAGAAGAAUUACAGCAUAGAAGUGGAAACAACUACACAUCAACCAAAAAACAACUAUAUUAAAACAUUUAGAAAACACAUACUGCAUAUUACGAUUGGUUGUUACAUACAUUUUUUUAUUGUGAUUUUUUAUGUGGAGAGAUAUUGAUAAUAGGGAAUUGGUAUUAUUAUCAUUAAUAUACAAAAGAACAUCAAAUAUUAUAGUUAAAUAAUUAAAUGAGUGGAAGAAGGUUGAAAUUAAUAAGAAGGAAAAAUAAACUACAUAAAGUGAUUACAAAUGCAAUUUAGUUGUU